GCGAUGACUGAGCUCACGUGCUUUCUUCUGUAGCCGAGACGCGGUGUCGCCACUAUUGUACGCGCUAUUAUGCUUGCUGCGACAUCUCACACAUCUUACACUGACAUUUCUUUCUUUUCACACCUGAGCGCCCCGAUGUCUGGCGCGUCAAUGACCACGGUAUCUGUAACCACGCGUAAAGCGUGGAAAGCGCAGAUGCAGGAAACGCAGCACCAGUCUGAACACAUACUCCAAGACGCCACCGUGCCCGUCCCACCCACUACAGAAUCCACAAACACAUACAGGGAGCACCAUGAGACAGAUAUUGACACUGAUAAUGUCGUUAAACCGGUAA